AAUUGGUUUUAUAUAGUUCAGAUCACCAUUAUCAUUCGCCUAAGAUAGUGCAGCAUAAGGUGGGAUUGAUUUAGUGAUAUUACAUCACAAAAAUUCGUGUUAUAAGUCUGUCAUGCAGCAGACUAGAACUUGAUUGAGACAUUCAAACGGUACCUUAACGCCUUAUUCCGUGUCUCUGCCUCCCACCUAAUUAGUCAGAGUCAUAGACUCAUAAUGCAUAUUAGUUUCUUUAGCAAGAGUUGUCUCUGGCUUGUAUUGAGCUAGUUUUCAAUGCUCCAACAUGAAUUUUACUGGGGCGAAUAAUCUCUCUCUAUUUACAAAAUAGAUGGUGAGUCCGAACUGUGCUUUAGACAUAAGUUUUGUACGCCGCAUGGUUGGUGAGCUUGACUUAACAUAAACAUCCAAGAACUACUGUCAUUUGCAUCAACUCUACCUGGCCCCUUGGUUGAUUGCAAAAUAUGGAUGCAUGUGAUAGCUGCUCCUUUCCCCUGCACCCUUACCUUGGAAUGUGGUAAAGAUAUUCUCAUUCAUUGGUAGUAUAAACAUCCACAUUCUGGGAGAUUUUUAUCCACUUCAAAAAGUAGGGAGAAGAGAUGGAAAAUGAAAGAGAGAAAAAUGUGGAGGAUGGGACUGCACUAGAAGAUGUGAAAGAAGAAAGGAAAGAAGAUGAAGAAUUGUCUGUGGAGAGGAUAUCUGAGGGCGAGGUACCCUCGUGGAGGAAACAACUAACGCUGAGAGCUUUUGCUGUGAGUUUUCUGCUGUCAGUGAUGUUCUGUUUCGUAGUGAUGAAACUCAGUCUCACCACUGGGAUCAUACCAUCCUUCAAUGUAUCCGCUGGCCUAUUGGGGUUCUUCUUCAUCCAGACUUGGACUAAGUUGAUUGCACAAUCUGGCAUGUUGAGGCAGCCCUUUACCUGUCAAGAGAACACUGUAAUUCAGACCUGUGUCAUCGCCUCCUCUGGUGUUGCCUUCAGCGGUGGUUUCGGGAGCUACCUUUUUGGAAUGAGCGAGCGAAUAGCCGAACAAUCAGAGGAUAGGAAAGAUGCAUUCGACUACAAGAACCCGGCCCUUGGUUGGAUGAUUAGCUUUCUCUUUGUAGUUAGCUUCAUAGGCUUAUUCGCUGUGGUGCCUAUGCGGAAGAUCAUUAUCUUAGACUUCAAGUUGAAAUAUGCAAGAGGCACUGAGACCGCACAUCUUAUCAACAGCUUCCACACUCCAGAGGGAGCCAAACUAGCAAAGAAGCAGGUCCGAGCAUUGGGCAAGUUUUUCUCCUUCAGCUUCUUGUGGGGCUUCUUUCAAUGGUUCUUCACUGCUGGAGAGGACUGUGGGUUUACAAGCUUCCCAACCUUUGGACUGCAAGCAUAUGAACACAAGUUUUUCUUUGAUUUCUCAGCAACUUAUGUAGGAGUUGGGAUGAUUUGUCCUCACAUCAUAAAUGUCUCGGCACUGGUUGGAGGAAUCCUUUCUUGGGGCAUUAUGUGGCCACUUAUUGAAAACAGAAAAGGUCACUGGUAUCCUGCUGAUCUCCCUCCAAACAGUUUAAAAGGGCUCCAAGGUUACAAGAUCUUCAUUGGCAUCGCCAUGAUUCUUGGUGAUGGCUCAUACAACUUCGUCAAGGCGCGGGCCCGGACAUUAGCCGGCUUGUUAAUUAAGCUCCUUGAAACAAAAGCCAAGUCACAAAUCCCAGUAAAACAACAUUCUUCUCCAUCCAUAAAAUCUCAAAGUUACGAUGACCAGCGUCGUUCUCAACUCUUUCUAAAGGAUCAAAUACCAAAGUGGUUUGCCAUUGGAGGUUAUCUUGCCACUGCUGCAAUCUCUACAGCAAUUCUUCCUUACAUCUUCAACCACCACAAAUGGUAUCACAUAGCAGUCAUCUACAUCUUUGCCCCAACCCUUGCCUUUUGCAAUGCAUUUGGCUGUGGGCUCACAGGUUGGUCAUCAGCAUCUAUGUAUGGUAAACUGGCCAUCCUCACGAUAGGUGCAUGGGGUGGUGCCUCUCACGGAGGAGUUAUGGCUCCCUUGGUUGCGUGUGGUGUAAUAAUGAGCAUCACUGCUCCUGCCUCUGACCUUAUGCAGGAUUUCAAGACUGGCUACAUGACCUUAGCUUCCCCUCGUUCGAUCUUUGUGAGCCAAGUGAUUGGCACAGCAAUGGGUUGUGUGAUUUCUCCGUGUGUGUUUUGGAUGUUCUACAAGGCUUUUCCUGAUAUCGGGUAUACCACAAGUGAAUAUCCUGCUCCUUUUGCUACUGUGUACUAUACUAUGGCUAGGUUGGGGGUUGAAGGCUUCUCACCACUCCCAAAGCAUUGCCUGAAUCUAUGUUAUGUAUUCUUUGCAGCAGCCGUUCUAAUUAACCUGAUUAGAGAUAUUCUGGGCAAGAAAAGGUCUUGGUUCAUCCCACUUCCAAUGGCAAUGGGAAUCCCAUUUUUCUUAGGUUCCUACUUUGCCAUUGACAUGUGUGUUGGAAGUCUGAUACUCUAUAUCUGGCAGAAAGUGAACAAGGCCAAGGCAGAUGCAUUUGGACCAGUCGUUGCCUCAGGUUUAAUAUGUGGCGACGGAAUGUGGACGUUGCCCAGCGCUAUACUGGCCCUAGCAGGGGUCAGACCUCCCAUUUGCAUGAAGUUCAUCUCAAGAGCAACAAACAGUAGGGUCGAUAAAUAUUUGGGAUCCUAGUUAUGAAUGGGAAAAAUAUACGUUGGUUAGUGUACAGGUACUGAAUAAACUGUGUCAUUUCUCCUUCACCUAUGCAGUGAUUAUGCUUGUAAUAUGUUGAUGAACUUCAGCAGUCCGUCUGUUUUGGAACUCAGUUUUGUAAAGAAAUAGAAU